GUGAGUUCCGACAGCUGCCAUUUUCCGCUGUCAUCGGUCUUAAUGCCACGUGUCAUUGUUAUUUUCUCUGCUGUUUUUGUUUUGUCUUGUUCCUUUUUUUCUCCGUCUACGCUUCUGCAUAUUCGAAUUCAACCAAACACGGCGCAAGAAACAGUUUAGCUUGCGAACACACUCACUCACUCACUCCACACUUUGCUCUCACUUACGCAUUCCUUAAUUUACUUAUUUAUUCUCAGCUUCCUGGGACUUCUUCUCUAGGGUUUGGUCUCAGCAAUCUGCCCUUUGCAAUUGUAAAAUGUUUAGCUUCUUCAUCAGGAAAGGCGUCAGAAAGAUCCUUAAGCGCAAAGACAGCGAUGCUGGCGAAAAAGGAAGAGCUUUGGAAGAUGUGAGAGCUUCUCUUUUUAAUCAAUUCCGUUCCUCCGAAGGUGCAAAGCGUCAACAGCAACGCAUAUGUGGUCCAGCUGUUGCACUUUCCUUCAAUUUUCUGGUUGCAGUUGGUAUUAUUUUCAUGAACAAAAUGGUGCUUCAAACUGUUAAAUUCAAAUUUCCUAUACUUCUUACACUAAUUCACUAUGUAGUGAGCUGGUUCUUCAUGGCAUUACUAAAAGCAUUUUCUCUCCUUCCGGCUUCUCCUUCCUCAAAAUCAACUCCAUUGUCUACUUUAUUUACUCUUGGAUUUGUUAUGUCUCUGUCCACGGGCUUUGCUAACGUCAGCUUGAAGUACAAUAGCAUUGGUUUCUAUCAGAUGGCAAAGAUUGCAGUGACACCAUCAAUAGUUUUUGCAGAAUUUGUAUUAUAUAGGAAGAAAGUUUCUUUCCCAAAGGCAUUAGCAUUAUCGGUGGUCUCUAUUGGUGUUGCUGUGGCAACUGUGACUGAUCUUCAGUUCCAUGUAUUUGGUGCUUGUGUAGCAUUGGCAUGGAUUGUUCCAAGUGCUGUAAACAAAAUCUUGUGGUCUAGGCUGCAGCAGCAAGAGAACUGGACUGCUUUGUCGCUAAUGUGGAAAACCACACCCAUUACUUUGAUUUUCCUGGCUGCUAUGUUACCCUGCUUAGACCCACCUGGUGUUCUUUCCUUUGACUGGAACUUCAGCAAUAGUUUGGUAAUUUUUGCAUCAGCUAUCCUUGGAUUCUUACUUCAGUGGUCUGGUGCUUUAGCACUUGGGGCUACAUCCGCCAUCUCCCACGUUGUCCUUGGACAAUUCAAGACCUGUGUCCUCCUUCUAGGAAACUAUUAUCUCUUUGGAUCCAAUCCUGGCAAAAUCAGUAUCUGUGGCGCUUUCAUGGCUAUUGCCGGUAUGUCUAUUUACACUUAUCUUAAUAUUAGGCAACAAUCAAACAAGCCAUCACCUCGACAGGCUUCCAUUUUACCAAAAUCUAAACUCAGCAAAGAAAAUGGCAGCACCCAUGAUGGACAUUAUGGUGCAGAAUCUGUCUAACUCCACAUUAAAUGCAGUUGUAUGGCACAUUAAGCAAACAUUUUGGUUCUUUUUAUUGUUUCUAGAUUCUGAUCUAACCAUCUUGGAUGCCCAUAGUGAUGUGUAAGCUACAAUACAUGAUCAAUAGAGGUACUUAGAUACAUGGGUCUCCCUAUUCCAGUUGCCAGCAACUGCUCUUAAGAGACUUGGAACACCAACUGUACAUAAUGAUUUGGUGGAUUCCUCGCUAGAACUGUUUUUUCCUUAGCCUUUUAUAGGAGUUCAAGCUGCAUGUUGUUGUAGCCUAGAACAAAAACUGGUAUUGCUCAUUUUUGGCAUUCACUAUUUUGCUGUAUUCGUCUUUGUAUGAUACGAAUCAACUUAUCUAUUA